GGGUGCUGGUCGGGAAGCUAACCUGAAAUCCAGGAGGAAGAAAAUUCGUCGAUCCCACCUCUCUCUUUUUAGAACUCAAAUCAUAAACUGGCCACUGUCAGCUCAGUUUGAGGAAUCUGCACAAUUUUCGAGAGAAUAUGGGUUCUGCCACAAGAAGAUGGUUCUACCUACUGGGCUGCAUUAUGCUGAUCAAUCUGGUUAAUGCUGACUUUGAAUUUCAAAAGGGAGUGCUUGCCAGUGUCAGCCCAGGGAUCACAGAAGACAUUGAUCUCCAGUGUUGGAAUGCUUGCUCUUUGACAUUGAUAGAUCUCAAAGAACUCAAGAUAGAGCACAAUGUGGAUGCUUUCUGGAAUUUCAUGUUGUUCUUGCAGAAAUCCCAGCGGCCUGGACAUUAUACUGUCUUCUUAAAUAUAGCUCAGGAUUUUUGGGACAUGUAUAUAGACUGUUUGCUUUCAAGGUCUCAUGGAAUGGGCAGAAGACAGGUGACACCUUCCAAGUAUAGUUUUCCAUAGAAAAUACAGGAGGUAAUUUAAAUGUGCAUUUAAGAGAGUAGCAGUUUAGCUUUAUUAAAAAUUAAAUAUCUCAUCCUUCUGAUUUUUUUCAAGUUUAUCAGACAAACUAGCAAAUUUGACAUGUUUAGCUUUUUCCUAAUAAGGGUCUUUAAUGU